UUGAAACAGCACACGUUUGGUAGGAAUAACAUAUGUGCAUACUAUAUAAUAUUUAAGAUUAAAGAUAAACGACAUAAGUAGGACCCUAAGAUUAUUCCAUUGCUUAAGAAAAUUUUUGGGUCUUUCUAAGCUUUCUAGUGCUAAGUUCCAAAUCAAUGAAUCUUCAAAGCAUGUCUAUCCACCAACUUAAUUUUCUGCCUUGAUCCUUGUAUUAAGCGCUUGUAUUAAGCACUUUGAAUUCUAUUCUCUGCAUCUCUCCUUCACAAACAAGCCGGCAGAAAGGCAUAUCUUGGUAUAAAGAAAAGAAAGGUAUAAGGGGGCGCAACACAAGGGAAAUUAGUUGAUCAGAACCAAAACUCCGUCAGAAACAGCAGCAUGUGGCUCUUGGGUUUCUCCACAAACAAGAGAAGAAGCUUUUGGGUAAUUGGUGCAAUUGUGCUAGUGAUCCUUCUAGCCGUGAUCUUAAAGAGGUGGUUGGUCUACAUGGAGUCUCGUGCAAAUGGAUGUUCCAAUAGAAAAUUAGAUGGUCAAAAACCACACCAUGGGUUAAAUUCAAGUUGUUUGUGCACUGCAUGUGGUUUGUGUUAUCCUGGUCAUGUUAUAAGGACAUAUGCACUAGAAGAGCUGAGGACGGCCACAAGGGAAUUCAAGAUUCGAAUAGGAAUCGGAGCCACUUCUUUCGUGUAUCUUGCGGAGCUUGGAGAUGGGAGAUUUGGUGCCGUGAAGCGAGUGAUGGAGGAGAGAGGCGGAAGCAAGAAGAUAUUCUUGGAUGAAGUUUCAGUUCUGCUUAGGAUUUCUCAUCCAAAUUUGGUGGGUUUAUUGGGUUUUUGUUCUGAGAAAGGAGAACAGCUGCUGCUGCUGGAGUAUGUUCCAAACAAGAGUCUUUUCGAUAGGAUGCACACGUACCAAGGCCAAUUGUCGGGGACAUUGGCAUGGUCGAACCGGCUAAGCAUUGCCCUAGAUAUCGCUCUGGCACUGGAUUACCUCCAUUCACAAGCCGAUCCACCCAUCAUUCACAGAGAUGUCAAGUCCUCCAACAUUCUCUUAAUGGACGACAACCAUGCCAAACUUGCUGACUUUGGACUUUGCAAAUUGGGUUAUGACACCAAACUUGGCUUACAAACUCCAACCAUUGUCAGAGGUUCUUUCGGUUAUGUCGACACUCAUUACCUCAACACAGGCCUAGUCUCAGCAAAGAGUGAUGUUUAUAGUUUUGGAGUCCUACUGCUUGAGCUAAUAACAGGCCUCAAAUCCACACAAGGCUCAGUGACACUUGCAGGAUGGACAGAGGAUUGCCGGAAGAACAAUGACAUUGAGGUAUUGGCUAAAAUGUUGGACCCAAAACUCAAUGGCAAUGCAGAUUUAGAGCAGCUUCGGGUGUUGAUCAAUAUAGCCAACUUGGCAUUGCUUGAGAAUUCCGAAGGAAGACCGGACAUGAGCUACAUUGUAGAUAAGAUUUCUAAUUGUAUGGAAUGUCAACUUCAGCCAGAGUUACCCGUAUAA